GUCAUACUAUCCCAGCAUGGGCAUGAGCAGCUUGAAAUUGCUGAAAUAUGUCCUGUUUUUCUUUAACUUGCUCUUUUGGGUCUGUGGCUGUUGCAUUUUGGGCUUUGGUAUCUUCUUCCUGGUCCAAAACACCUAUGGAGUACUCUUCCGUAAUCUUCCCUUCCUGACACUGGGCAAUGUUCUCGUCAUUGUGGGCUCCAUUAUUAUGGUAGUUGCCUUCUUGGGCUGCAUGGGAUCAAUCAAGGAAAAUAAGUGCCUGCUUAUGUCGUUCUUUGUUCUGCUGAUGAUUAUUCUUCUUGCUGAGGUGACCUUAGCCAUCUUGCUCUUUGUGUAUGAACAAAAGCUGAACACAUAUGUGGCAGAAGGCCUGAAUGACAGCAUUCAACAUUAUCACUCAGACAACAGCACCAUGGCAGCAUGGGACUUCAUCCAGUCACAUCUGCAGUGUUGUGGUGUGAACAGCUCAAGUGAUUGGACCAGUGGUCCACCAUCUUCCUGCCCACCAGGUGCAGAUGUUCAGGGUUGUUAUAACAAAGCAAAAUUGUGGUUUCAUUCCAACUUUUUGUAUAUUGGAAUCAUUACCAUCUGUGUAUGUGUGAUACAGGUGCUGGGGAUGUCCUUUGCACUGACACUCAACUGCCAGAUUGACAAAACCAGUCAGGCCUUAGGGCUGUGACUUGCAACUGCCCUGAGCUUAAAAGACUUUUUUCUCUCUGGAAAUCCAAAACACCCAUAGCAUGAGGCCCUAAACAAUUACCUGCCUGCCUGGCAUUUUGGCUUUCUCUUACCUCUUCCUUCAUCGGGCCCCUGUUAUACAUCCAAGGAAGAGAAUAUUUGCCAUGAACUUCCCAUCUCAAGCAGAAGAAAAUCAUUCACCAACUGAUAGCAGUAGCCAUAUCCCUUAAAGAUGGUGAAACAUACAUGGGUGAACUUUUUGGAUGUGAAAGGCCAAAAGAACCCAUAGCCCUGGUGGCUUGAAAUCUAAGGAGAGCUGCAGGUAUGGAUAUAGCUCAGAGUACUGGCCUAGCAUAUGUGAGCCCCUGAAUUUAGUCCUAAGUCCUACAAAAGAUAGGUCCAAGUUUAAGUGUUAGACUGAACAAUUGUCAAGUCAGUCCCUAGACUCUAAAUCAUGCUAAUUUCACUCUACAUAAGAGACAACUAAAGGGAAUUUUGGAGUCAGAUUUUCUGGACAAUUGACAUACCCUGUUUCCUUUUGAAUAGGUAAUAGGAAUGCUACAUGGAUCUCUUCAAAGGGGAAUAUUUCAAUUUCUUUGUUAAAAUACCCUUUCUAUUUCUAUUCUAUCCAUCCAUCCAUCCAUCCAUCCAUCCAUCCAUCCAUCCAUCCAUCCAUCCAUCCAUGCAUCCAUCCAGAAAAGCCUAUCUAAUGUUUACUAUCCUAUCUUAAGCCAGUCUUAUAGCUUUUGAAUUAUAUAGCCAUAGAGCAACCCAAAAGUACUAAUAUCUUCAAUGUGUUAGUUGAUAAUCAUAUUCAUGUUUAUGUUGUUAUUUCUAUACCAAAUAAAGUUCUGUUAAGGUAUUUUAAUAAACAAAA